AUGGCUGCCUCAGCGAUAGCUAGUUACUGGAAGAUUAAUAAUUCAGGCCCAUCUUUUACGAUUCGUCGCGCUUGGCAAAUGGUCUGCGUGGCAUAUAUUGCACCAGUAUUAUUACUAUUGCUACCAACGGUUGGCCUUUGGGCAAGAAUCACAUAUUUUCAUGGUGUUGGUAUCUGCAUGAUAGAUUUUAGUUCCGAGAUUGAUACUAAUCAUAUCGUAUUCAUGUUCGCAAUUGUCUUUCCAAUCUUAUUUAUUACAACAGCAAUUAUAGGAUUUUGUUAUUGUCGUAUUUACCGAAUCGUUCGUCGAAGCAGUAAAGUAAUUGCUCAAUAUAAUGCACGAAAUCAUCAAAUGCAAGCUACCACACAUAAUGCACACAAUUGUAAUAAUACUCCAUUUGAGCAUCGCAAAACUUAUUCUAGACGUGAUAUCAGUUUAGCUAAGACCCUCGUUGUAAUAUUUGCAUUAUUUAUUGUAUCCUAUGCUCCAUAUGCAUUAGCUAACAUCUUCUAUUUUUUUAAUUUAAUUGAUUUAUCAUUCACACAAGCACUAUAUUUGUUGACUGUAUCUUGUGUUAAUAGUAUUUUUAAUCCUAUCAUAUUUUACAGUCGUCGGCGAAGACUAGCUAUUACCGAUAAAAUAUUCAGGGUUAAGCAAGUAGAUACCGGUGUUACAAUGGCAAUGAAGCAGUUAGAAACUGUUAUUAGUCAUUGA